CCAUUUAAGAGGUGUAAAUAAAUGGGAAAAGUUGCGAAUACUAGGUAAUGUUUGUUCACUUGCAUUUAACAUAUGCUCUGGUUAUCUUUAACCCAGUUUAAAUUUGUUAUAAAAACCGAACUACGUUUUGCGAAAAGUUGUUCUAAUUAUAGACUAUUAGGAGAAUCUACAGUUUAAGGUGUUUCAAACACUAUCUCCAUCACUUUAUUUUAAAACGAGGCCUAAGAAUGUCUAGUUUGGAAAUUGGGUCGACAUUAGAUCGAAAUUCUACUGAAAAGUUUUUCAUUGAAUAUAAAGGAUUCUUCAGUAACCAUCUUGCGCAUGGUGUUGUAGCUCUUCACAGGCUUGGAGUCCCUAACGAGAGAAUCGAAAGAUUCAUUAAAUGGUAUUCUCCGAAAUUGGAGUCGACAGAAUCUGACGUCAUCGACGAUCGACCUUUCGAAGAGCUGAAAGGCCAGCGUUCUGCUUAUUACACAAUAUUAAAGCACUACGAAAACUUACUAAGGGAGAAAUACAAAACGGUCGACGAACUUAUCAAACACGAGUACCCUGAUGUGUCAAACGGUCUUUGUGGUUCGGCAUUGCAUGGAACUAUCCAUCUUGGGUAUGGUUAUUCCGUUCAAAAUGAACGAAUCAUAUUGGAAGGCUUAGCGUAUACGUACCACUCAUAUCGGCCAAUCGUCAUGACAAAGUCGGAAGAGGAUCUUGCAGCGUUCGGUAAAGGCACUGUUGACAUCACUGAAGCCCUUAAAAGUCUUCAUCUGAAAAAAGAUCUCUCUGUCAAUAUGGAAGCUGCUAUCAAAGAAGAUCGCUGGAAGCCCUUGAAAUUAGGAAGAUUUCAGCUACGUGUGUUCUACAUGUUAACAGACCAUGGCGAUUUCCUCACUGACAUGGUUCUGUCCCUUGCGUUUGGACCGGAAGUAAGAACCGCUGACGGGUCUCUGGAUCCAGUUAAAUUUGGCAGACGACUUGUGUAUCUGAGUAUGACAGUUUAUGCUCUGGCAGCAAACAGAAAUGAUUUCUUCCUUCUCCAUGGUGUCACGUGUGCUUGGGGCCUGCAUAUGAUUAUGCCAUUGAUGUCAAAAGAAAACGGGAUAAAAACUGCAAGAGAUUACUUGACCGUACUCCUUGCCGUAUAUGUUGCAGUGGGGUCACCGGAACUAAACGUUCCUCUUUCGGAAAAUGAGUUCACUGAUAAAGAUUGGACUGAACAUAUUGCCAAAACUGUUGAAGUUGAUAGAGACGAGCACUGUUACAAGCUCGUGCAGGUUUGUUAUGAAAUGGCGAAGGACGCUGGAGAACACGGCGAAGAUCCAAAAGUUUACAGUCAAGCUGCAAAAUCUGCCAUAGAUCAUGAGUUGUAUUUUUACACAGGAUGAUCAAAAGACUUUCCUCAAAAUGUGCUAAGGAACAUUUACUCUUCAGUCGAAGGAAUAGCUAUUGUGCUAAUUAUAUUGUCACAUUGUAACUUCCAAGUAAUAUACAUGUAACAGUAAAUCCAUACUGUUUUUAUCUGAAUGUAUGACCACUGAUUUCUAAAAUCGAGGACUUCAUGUACUUGUAUGAUGAAGUUUCCAGAAAAGAAAACAACACAAUUUAAAAAAAAACUUUAACUUUUGCACGGAUAUGUCACCUGUAAUAUACUGAUGCCCUUGUUACGAAGAACUAACUUAUAUAUGUAUACACGAACAUUGUUCUGAUUCUGUUAUUAGAUUAUUAGAUUGUUUGGUUAGAGAUCGGUAUUGCUGAUAUGCAUUUUAGACUGUUUAAUGAUGCUUAUGGGUAAUUAAGGAUGUAACAUACAAUUAAGCGAAGCUUUAUAUAUGAAAAUAAUUAUUCUUCUAAAACAAUUUCCAAACAUCCAAGAAUAUGUUAAAUAUGUACAACAAUUGCUUAUAUAAAAAUUAAAAUUAUUGCAUUCAUUUUUUAUUGAAAAAAAAACUGGCUUAGACUUUAUCGAAAAAAAAUCUCAUUACCUCCCUUUAUUUACAUGAAAUGUUUAAUUCGUUAAUAUUUUCCAAAUUAUGCUUUUUGGAAUUUACAAUAUUGAUAAAUGUUCAUUUGAGCGUUAGAUUUAUGAUAUAAAACCAUAAAAAAAUAUGUUUCAGGGUCCUGCACAGAGUGACUGAUCACAUCAGUGUAAGGUUAUAUUCAUGUACCACAUGCAUGCUGGAAAAAAUGUCGUCUGCUAUAUAAUUUAUACCGUCUGCUUAAUUAUGUAUUUUUAUCCAAUGAUGCUGGACAUUAAAAAAUAACAGUCGAACAACAUGGUUCCUGACAAGAUACUGGGGUACUGGUUCGGUAUCAAACUAUUUUCAUAGGCUUUUGAGAUUGCAUAAUCCAUCAUGUCAAUCAAUUAUAAAUGAUUCUGAAAUUAUAAAGUGCUUCAGCCUACAUGUAUGUGUUUGUUCUAAUAUUUCAUAAUAUCAGUGUAAAUUAAUAUACUUCUGUAAUUCAAUACAUUCUAGCUUAAAAAUUUAGUCGUCUGCUAAAUAUAUCGUCUGCUAAACCAGUUAUGCUCAACGAAAAAUUGUCGUCUGCUAAUUAUUUUUGACAGGCUUCAGCAGGCUGAGUGAUAUAAAUCAAGUGUAAUUAAGAUCCAUGAUUAAGAUCCGGGAUUCAAUCAAUCCUUUACUUACUAAUGAGUGAUUAUAUUGUUAAGUGUCAUUGCUUCUUUUAUAUUGUUUGUGUUUAUAUAGAAAUAAAAAGUAUAUAUUUGA